AGCGAUCAUUAUAAAAGUUGCGAAACUGCACGAUUGCAGUUCAGUGCUUCUUUAGUAUCUUACUUCCAAUACGCAUCAAAACUGAUGCUGGAUACAACACCACAAAAAAUAAAAAAAAAUUUCAAUACUUUCUUUCAACACUGACAUCCACAUCGAAUUAUUUCAACACAGUGCGUGAAUUUUUUAACAUGUAUUGAGUGAAAAUGGCAGAAACCAAAACAUUACCGGAACAUUAUUCGCUACUAUUACCUACGAACCUAGUGACCAAGGCUCAUGUGCAUGAUGUAAUCGAAGUGAAAAAAGUGCCUAAUACUACUACCCUGUUUGUGCGAAUUAAUCGUGACUUACUGAUUUAUGAGCUAUCCCAAGAAAAUUACGAGGAAGUGCGCCGCAGAGAAGAUUUCUUUGAUUUUACCGAAGUUAAUAAGAAUACUAACUACCGUUGGGAUAUAUAUGAGCCCUCGUCGCUCGUCAUACGAAACCCUAAGGGAGUUGAGGUGUAUAACUGGAAAAACCACAAUCUAACGCUACAGUGCACUAUCUCGAAGUAUCAUGACUAUUCGGGUUAUGGUUUGUCGAAAAACACGUUCCUCUUUGGCAAGAUAUUUCCCUCCGAAAAGCGCAUUGGGAUCGUAACGCGCCUCGACACAGGUGUGGAAUUUCGUUCGAUUGUCCUGAACGAAUCUAAAUGUACCAUCAAAGCGCUAAAAGAAUCACCCAUUUUGGAAGCUGAAUGGACAAGCCCUACUACUGCUAUAUCAUUGGUAGAACAUUUCGAUAACAAUACACAGCUGGCGAUCGCUCUACGUACCAAAACAGACCUAAUACUGUAUCGUUUCAAUAAACAGUAUCAGUUGAAGCAACUAACUACUGUACCAGAAUUUCCUCCCUUGGAUAAUGAAUAUGAUCGGAUAAUGUUUGCAAAGUUUAAUCAAACGCAGUAUAACGAUCUGCUGCAUUUUUCAACUGACGGUCUCAAGAUAUAUCGUUACAACAAGACUGCUUCCGCCUUCCAGAAGAUAUUCUACUCGACCGCUUUUUCGAAACUACGUGGCUGGGAUAGCCGUAGUGUAGCAGCUAUUACACCAGUGGACAUUGAUGGAGACGAAUACGACGAGUUAGUUUAUAGUGGGCCUAAAGGGUUAGGCAUUUUACGAGCUCAUUCUACAUCUACCGGAUUGGAAUUCAACAAUGUGUUCCGCGAAACAGUUGCCAAUCAAACCGUACGUUAUCCGUUCCUUAAACUGGUUCUGAACCUAAAAUCUUCUAAAAAUCUAGAACUGAUCCUACAUACAUCUGAUGGUUUAGCCAAAGUUAAUACGAAAUAUUUGGACAUCAAUGAAGCAGAUAAGUCUAUUGAUCAACCAAAGUCGAUAACACCCAUGAAGGAAAUAGAACCCGCAGUCAUUCCGGAAAUCGUCGCCAACCACUACCAUGCUGGAUGGUGGCACGAUCAGCUUGAUUUGAGCUCCAUACUACAACCCAUCAAUCCUUAUAAUGGGGAUGUCGAGCUGAUGCUACCGAUAGUAGACAUACCAGCACCUUUCGGUAUACCGAUUCGAAAAAUUAUUCAGUAUAAAAACGUGGAAUACAACAAUGAGCUCGGACGUGGAUGGUCAUUUCCCCUGGAUUAUAUAGCACUGGAUCGUCAAUCUAGUGCAUUUGUGCAAGACCACGUCUAUUCGCUUGUGAAGGAAAAUCAACGAAUUAUAUUGAUACAUCAACCCAAAAAGGAGCCGGACGUAACUGCUAAAUCGGAACUUAUGACAUUCACUAUUGAUGGUUAUCCCGAUAUUCAUAUUGUUUUCAAUACCAAGCGCAACUUUUGGAAGGUAACAAUUGACAACCGCACGAUGACGUACAUCACUCUGAAGCAGUUUGAAACGUUGGUCGCCUGUCCACUGUGGCCGUUGUGUGGUAGAGAAUCACGUCGCAGCCAAACAUACCCUACACGGUGGUUUCUGAGCGAGGAAGAAAUCGCUGACAAUAAAAAAGCAUUCUAUUUCUAUGAUCUAGUGAAAUCCCAAACCGACGUACGCCUAACUUCCAUUCAGCUGUAUGACGACGCACGAGUAGAGUUAAGCUACAGCGAUGAUGAUCGCAUUACAAAACUCUCCGUGCUAGCACUCCAGUUUGCACAGCACUUUACAUUUCACUACAGUGACAACAACCAGUUGCUGCAGGCAAUUAAACAAAGCAAUCACAACGUGUUCGAUUUCGAAUACGAUCAACAGAUGCGGCUAUCGAAAAUUAACUACCCAAACGGUGCCAAAUGGACACCGGUAUACACUCAAAUUCCAAUCAAUCCCACAUCGCUCAAGAAAACCAUACCGAUCGAUUUUGAUGCUUCCAUUUACUAUGGACCGGAUUAUGUUGUCAUAGUGGAUGUGAAUCUCACCGACGGACGGCUUGUUCUGCAUUUCCGCGAUCCUCUCGGUGCGAAAGGUUCAAGCAAAAUGGAUAGUAGCCUUACAAUAUACGCCUUGAACAACAUAAAGAAAUACGUCCUACAUACGAUCGAAAAUUUGAUCGUAGUGGUUGUUAUUUACGACACAUGCAAAGAUAUUGCAAUUCUGCAUUUCUCCAACGACAAGUGGCAGCAACGGAAAUACUAUGAAAAGUUUCCACUUGAUGGUUUUGUAACUGCCGGUAACACGUUUUUCCUGCUUACUGAUCUGAAAACGUUACAAUUGGUGACGAUAACAAACGAUCGCGAGUACAGUGAAGAAGAAUUGCGCAACAACCUUCCAGCAAACUUUGUGGUAAAAGCGUUUCCCCAUGGAUAUGCAACGUAUGAUCGAGAGCUCACAAUAUACUUGCUUCAAGAGAAUGGCAAAUGGUUACACAUUAAAGCAACUCCGGAGAAUGUGAACUUUUUUCAAGAGAUCGAUAAUUUUGUAUCUUCCUUUGCAAUUAGCAGUGAACUAAGCCAGACAAUUCGGAAGGGUCUAGUCGCGGAUAUGCUGGGAAACUACAAACAAGCUAUCAUACUAAAAGCUCCCGUAUUGCGGAAUUUUGUGCUAGAAAUUCAUGUUCGCUUUUUCAUGCUUGAUCUCAGUGAAAAGCCGAAAAUUUAUGACUACUAUACAACGAAGAUUCUAUACACAACUAUGAGCGCUUUUAAUUACACGGUGAGUACCGAGGAGAACGAUCAGUUCGUGCUAGGAUACCGUAUGGUGGACAGGAAGUACCAGUUGUUUGUGAAAAAAUCCACCGGUCCCCAUGCAGUAGAGCUCAAUAAGUAUAUGGCCGAGGCGAAAAAGAGAAUGGCAGAACAUUAUCGUGGUAGCAGAGCGUAUAACGAAAUUUGGAAUGAGGCUAGAAAAACGACUCGCACAGAAAGUCAGCGCAUUUACAAAUCAGUGAAGGAUGCUGUCGUGUUCGCGAUCGAUCUAUCACAAUUUGGACUGCUCACCAACCAGGACGGUGUACUGACUGGUAAUCAUCAGAUCACGUACGAUGGACUGCACUGGAAGAAAAAGUCUCUGGACGAGGAUACGAUACGGCUCCGUAAGGUGAACAAGAGUUUAGGUGCUGACUAUCGAUUAGUAAAAGCGCAUGCACAAGAUACGUUCAAAAUUGUUUCCGCAGCAAAUGGAGAGACUGUUUUCGACAUGAACACUACCAAAUCGGAAGAGAUCCAGCUUGUUGUGCCGUAUUAUGUCCAGGCACAGCCAAAAGAGAGCCCAUUAAGGGUGUACUUUUUCGAUAGCAAAGAAACGGUUACCUUCCCUGUGGAGGAAAAGCUUAACCGGGCAAGUAACCAGAUUGCAAUCAUCACUACAAGUUAUGUUAAAAAAACUUCACAAGCUGUGUUGUUUAGAUGCGCCAAAUAUUUCCUCAACCCGAACAUAACCGUACUGGGAAGUCAAACGAUAACAUCCGUCGAUGAAAUGGACCAUUCAACAGAGUACAUCUAUGACGCGGAGGAUCUGCAGCUAUCUGUCGAUGGAGUCUUGUUUCGUAAAAUCAAAAUCGCACCCGGCGCGGACCGAAACCGCUUCGGUUGGUACGAACAGAGCGUUGAUCUCGUAACGGGAAACACGGUGAGGAAAGCGUACGCUGCUAAUGGCCAAGAGGUACUCGAUAGAAAAUUACGUGACCAAGAAGCAAAACGUCGUCAAUCGGAAAAACAAUCGAAUAAGCCAAAACAGAGUGAUCUCGAGAGGAUGAUUUUGGAUGUUGGCCAGCGUGUUCCGAUAGCUGAUUUGGGUCCGUAUCGCUUGGUGGACGAAAUGGUAUCUUACUAUGGGUUUGAGAGUUACGAAAAGAAUAGCUUCGGUAAAGAGAAACAGUGGAAUUUUCAUCAAAAACUGGUUACAACAGAAAACCACAAUCGUUUUCUGUCGUUAAGACAGCGCGAGGACAAACUAACAGCCGAAUUUCUGCCACUCGAACCACAUAUGAUGUUUGUGUUGUCCUGCUGGCUACGAUCUUCGGUAGCAGUUAAGCUCGGUGACACUAUCGACGUGCUAAAUGUGGACGUAAUGGCAGCGCAUGAAAACAAGAAAGCAAUGUCUUCUGAAAAGGCAGUAAUAAAACAACGCAUCGGAGUGUGGAGCUAUGUGGAAACGAUAAUCGACACGACACAUUUUCCAACAGAAACGAAACUUCGGUUUGCAAUAGCACUAGCUCCGACUACCGAGCAUCCGUCUAUCGAUAUCGAUCAUGUCCGGUUUUCACCUCUUGACAUGCCCUUCGAGGCCAAGAUUUACGAAUCUGGCAGAGGAGAGGUAAGCGCUGUAUUGAGCACGUCCGGGAUGGUGAAACAAUACUUCUAUAAUGCCAAAGGCAAAAAAACGGUCGUCUUUUCCGAACACGGUCUGGUAGAGCAAUUUGUAACGGAUUCGAAAGUUUUGUACACUCGACAGUUUAACAGUACACCGUGUGUUAUAGAGAUGAAACCCCAAAAAUCUGGUUGGUUUGGAAAAAACAAUUUGUUCGGCGUUAUUCAUACAGGUGAUAAUAUUUCAAAAACGUUCAACGGAACAUGGAGUACACUGGCGUUGCGCUUCCUGUACAGUCUUUCAUCGAACGAUACAAAUUUACGGUUCGUAUGGCAAAAUAAAGAGUUUCAUUUGCCGUGUGCUGCUGAUUCGUCUUGUCCAGCAUUGCCAAAGCGUGGUGAAGUUCUUAUAUUUAUUACAUCCAUUCGAGUUUCCGUCUGGGUAGAUGGAGUCCUGACGCAAGAAACGCUUCUCGAGCAGGACACAACUGACGCUGGGCGGAAUUUUAAAUUAUAUCUUUCGAGAGACACUCAAAUUCGAGAAUUUAUUGAAAUGUACAAUCCAACAGUCAAAGUUACUUACCACAGUUUGUCCGGCCAACCAACACAGGUGUUAGUGUACGAGAGCCAACAUACGAUGAUCAUACGGGAGAUCCUUUAUGACGAAAUCGAACGUCCAAUCCUACAAACAAAAUGGACAAAAGUGCACAAUCAAACUGGUGCUCACAUGUUUGGUUAUUAUGACAAUUUCAUACAGACAUUCGAUAACUCAACACUUCAGCUUACUGGGCUGGUAGCAGAUCUUAAUCCAACCUGUGAAGGGUUCCCGUAUACGCAUACUGUUUACGGCAAAGAUCCUACCGAAAAUAAAGUGAUGCAAGGUUUGCCCGGAAACGAUUUCACUAUUAAUGGGAAGUAUAAACGAGCCUACACGUACGUACCAGAGAAUUUCUUACUGAGCAGACUUUUCCCGGAAAAGAAUGGUUUCCAUCAUAAAGCUGUACUGUUGCCUGGUGGAGCCGUGCGAGUGGUAAUCGAAAAUGCAGAAGGCAUAAAAGUGGCUAAGUAUUCUAAGGUGGGUAAUUACGAGCAUCGGUUAACUACCUGGAGGUAUGGGGAAAACAACAGAAUAGGACAAGAACUACCACCAAUGUAUCACUAUCUGGCACAAACAUCUACAAUGGAAGGAAACGAUCCGUUCUUCAGCGCCAACUACACGGCUGAACAAAUGGCAUUGCAGCAACAGUGGGAAAUGCGGUACGAUUACGAUGAUGCCAAGAGACUGGUUCGAAAGCGUACACCGGAUGGAGGUACCUUUCAAUACCUUUACGAUAAUCAGGGCAUCCUUCGAUUCAGCCUACACAAAGAUUACAACGAAACGCUUGAUCGUGUAGUGCACUUUACGUACAUUGCGGAUGACAAAGUUACACGAGAAGCGCUCGUGCAACAACUCAACGAAACCGAAUGUAUGGAGUUGACCAAAAGUGGAAAAUCACCCAAUUCUACCAACUUCAUCGAUACACUGUAUGGAGAGCAUGAAAAAGAUCCGAACUUGCGCUAUCGAUCCAAAUUUUCUUCAAGACGCAUCGGCGAUGAUCAAAUGACUGAGUUUAUGGUGUUUGAUCAAAGCAAGAGACUGCUGAAAAAAGUGUUCGUUGUCAACACGAUCAACACAUCAUACUCGAUCGACUACGAGUAUGAAAAUGAUAAGCUACAAUCAAUCCAGUAUCCUAUCGGUGCUGGAGAUGAACCGUUCAGGUUUAUCUACGAUCACAACGAUCGCGGUGAUGUCACUUCUAUUCGUGAAUCAGCAAUGGAUGAAGCAAUGUUUGAAUUUACGUACAAUGCGGAUGGCAUGAUGGAGACGAUGAAGGUACGAACGGACGCAAAGCAUACGUUCCAGAGGAACUUUACCUACAACGAGCCGGGCUUUUUAAUCAAGCUGGAAGAUGACUAUCUGUCGGAAAAUGUAAGCUAUCUGGAAACUGAUUCGUACGGGCAGGAUUCCUACACCCCCAUCUAUGAGGGUCUCAUAUCGAAGACAUUGUUCACAGCACACUGGCAAAAAUCAACCAGUCCGCUACGUAAUGGCAUCUAUCCGGAGUAUUUCAUCACGGCUAACAUGAAUCGCCGACGAGCUGCAUUGUGCAACGAAGUGUUGCGACGUGCGGGAUACAUUGACGAAAACAACCUUGUGAAGAAAACGUUCUACGGUGAGCAGGAUAACGAAUUACCGUUCGUGUGUGGAAAACGAAUCGUGAUGAAUCAUCUGUCAGGGAUUUUGAGCAGCAAAAGCUUUCCCUAUCAGUAUGGCCAUCGUUAUGACUAUGACGAUCAUGACCAGUUGAUUAAGGCAAAGUACUUCCAUGGGCUGGAGGAGUUGGCGUUGUCUCCGCUGACAUAUCGUUCUUUCUCGAAAGCGAUAAAGGGAGUUGAUGAAGCGACAUCAGAAAAGAUUUGGGAUAUACUGCGCACAAAAUCGUUCCUCACGAUGGACUGUACCAAUCCCAGUCUUUGUCACGGACGUGAAGGAACUAAGUCCAUUUUCAGUGAUUUUAUCCGGCAGCAUCGUUACAGUCAUCACUUGAAAACCAUGUUAUCGAAGGCGAUAUCGGAUAAGAAAGGGCUGAAUGUUAGCGAAUUCGAGCAGAAAUGUAAACGAUGGAUCGAAGGAUCGAAUAUGAUAAUGAAGAUGUGCACAAAACUACAGCAGUCUUUAAGCAAAGAAAAGAUUAUAGGAAACAAUGUCGAAAACCCUCUAGCGUCACUACAUGCUGAGUUCAAGGAUGCCUUACAGGCUUACACGAAUUAUAUUCCAGACAUUGUUGGUGUCCUUAAUCACCAUUUCAAGACCGCAUUAGGCAGUUCAGCCGCAGACGUGCAGUCGUACGAAAUCGAUGCAAAUGGCAAUCAUCGGAUGUUUUAUACGGGAUUUUCGCGAUAUCGUUUGGAGUACCAUCCAGGAACGAAUAAGAUCACCAAAGUUUACCGGCAACAGUUUGAUCGGGUUCAGCGCAAUGAAGAACAGUUCGAGAUGAAGCAUGACGGUGACGGUGCUGUUAUCAAGGCGGAACACAAAGGUAUUAAGCACAUGGAGUACGAUAAGCUGCUGCAACGUGUCAGUAAAAUAGAGAUGAUGGACGGACGGAAGUUGAUUUAUCAGUACGAUGUGCGCGGAGAACGGACCUUCAAACAGGUGCUGGAUAAAGAAGGAAGUGUUAUGAAUGAGAAGUAUUACAUACGUGAUGCGAAUGGAUUGGUGCUGAUGGACAUGGAUAUGACCUAUCUGGCGAAGGAUCAACCGCCGGACGUCCGGGUGACGAGCUACAUCUACAAGGACCAGCAGCUGAUUGGGUUUUUGCGUAAUGAUAAGCUGUACGGAGUGAUCACGGACCACGAAGGAUCGGUUCGAUUAGUGGUGACAGGUGGCGAAGUAGUUGCAGCCUACGAUUACCUUCCCUAUGGACAGAUAUUUCGACGUUUCGGUACUGAUCUCGACGGGCAGCUGUCGUAUCUGUAUACGGGACAGGAGUGGGAACCGGAGACGGACCUGUACAAUUAUCGUGCUCGACUGUACGAUCCCGACAUUGGAAGAUUCUACCAGAUGGAUCCGAAAGAGCAGUACCCGAGUCCGUACGUCUAUGCUGGGAAUUCACCCAUUGCUCUUAUCGAUCCGGACGGAGAGCUUGCGUUUGCGAUUAGCUGUAUUAUAAUGGCCAUAAUUGGAGCCUACAUCGGUGCUGCUUCGGCAGCCAAAUCCUGGAAUCCGUUGGAAUGGAAUUGGAAAUCCAAAUCGCUAUGGCUUGGAAUGAUUGGUGGGGCUUUAACUGGACUUUCUAUUCCGUACAACCUGACCGCAUCGAUAGCGUAUUUCGUCGGUAUGGGUCUUUCGCUGACGGCCUCAAUCGGCAUCAUGAUCGGUUCGGGCAUAACGUUCGGAUACUUUGCGAUGGCUGCAGCGAGCGGUUCCUGGGAUCCACGCAACUUUGAUUUAACUAGCCCUGGCACCUGGAAUGCACUGUUGGGAGGCAUUGCUACCUCCGCCUUCAUCGUGACUAACCCAAACUCGUUGAUCAGCACUUUUCGAUCGAUCACCAGUACGCUUGGUAGAGCCCUGUUUGUUGUUUCGCAUGUGGCAAUAACUGUUUCCUUCGCCUACUUGUUCGGUGCGCUCAAGAUGGGCGGCGAGUUUGACGUACGGAAGUGGGAUUUUACCGAUCCAGGACUGUACUACAGCAUGUUUGAUGCUUACAUUACGGCUUCUUUCACGACAGUGAUUGUCCGAAAUUUACCAGGCACGAUCAGGAAAUAUGGCAAGAAGAUAGAAACCGGGCUUGAUCGGUUAGCCGAGACGGAGGUAUACUUCCGGGCGAAGCGGCUUAUGAAAGGGGAUUGGUCAACGAAGCUUGCCAAUGCACGGUACUUCAUGGCAGCUAAUGCGCAAGCUAUCGGUAACUUGCAACGCGGUAUAAUACCGAUUGCCUUUUACACCUUCUUUGUGACAUUGCGUAUGGCAGACAGUUAUGAGAAGAGUGCCAUACCGGGAUUUUCGGUGUUCUUGCAGAUUCUUCAAACUGCGGUUAUGACGAAAGGAUUUACCAAUCGCGUAGUGAAGCCACUAAUGCCGAACAAAGUUAACGCACCGCUAGCGAUGCCCUUGCAUGACAAUUCCUUCGCACAGCAAACUUCCUCGGGGGCUGACCGUUUGGGAAACUUUUUUCAACGAUAUUUUCCCAUUCCUUUCGAAUGGUUCUUCUUACACACGGAAAACACUCACCAGAAGGAGCAUGCUACCGACACCACAAUAGACAACUACAAAAAUCACUACCGGAAAACGUCAAAACAUAGCACGAUCGGCAACUGUCACUCAAUGACGGAUGAAAACGGAAAUGAUCGCAUUUACGUUCGCUGUUUUUCGCAUCACUCGGUUGUAACUAUUUAUCCCAAAAAUGAUGCUGAACUCGACACGUACGACAACUAUCGGAACUGUGUCCCGUUGACAUUCAAUGGCAUCCCAGCCAUUUCAUGUGAUGGUCAACGAUCAACGCUUCUUGCUGUUCAACUAGAACCUCCAAAAAUGUUCCAUUUUGUAGAUGGUUGGCUACUGCUAGCACGUGUUGCUCCGGCUGCCGUACGAGAAGUUAAGCGCAUCUUUACAAACCUGUUUGCACUGGGAAGUACUGCGAAUUGUAAAACAAAACAGCCACUGGAAAAGCCUGCAGGUGUUAAAAAAUCGAUGGAGAAAAUUAUGCUCGAUUUGCAACUGUUGUACAAUAAAUCUGUAAACAACGGUUGGCAAAUGGAGUGGUUCCGCAUCAUGUUGAAGGACCUUGAUGAAGAUGUACAAGAAUAUCUCAACCACGGAUAUGGAAGUGGCAAUAUAUUAUUGGAACGUCUGGCCGCAUUGUACAGCGAUGCUGCAGAAGAGAUCGAAUUGCACGAAACAAAGACGAUGUUGGGAGAGUAUGCGCAAUUUAAUAACAUCUUUGGAGUUAGUGGAGAUGUUACCGUAUCCUGCGACGGAUUCGUCCCUAUGAAGGAUACUAGUAAUUGCUACAAUCGUUCGACAAACCUUUAUCUAUCAUCUAUUUAAAUCAGCGAAAGCGAACCGAUUUCGGUAUCAAAUGUUUAUGAAAGAAACAAAUGAAUGUUUACAUAUUGCAUAAGCUCUUAUCCUGCACACGUGGCAUUAUAUUAAUAAAUGUUGUUCAAAUCGUUGUAUCAUCA